CCAGCACCAACAUAAUGGCACGCAAGCGCUCAAGAAACUCGAGCGGGGGCGGCAAGAAGGCCGCGCCGGGUGCGACGAUCAACAAGAUCGAGUCGUACGAGGACACACUGGAAGAGGGCGGUGUCGACGACUUCAUGUUCAAGCGCGACCAGAUCUCGUUCAACCCGCAGAACGACUCAGGCAACGAUGAAGAUGUAAACGGGGAGGUGGGAGACGAGGUUCUGGGCCUGGACGUUCCCUCCCGCCGCCGCGCCGACGAGGACGAGGACGAUGAGGAGGAGUUCGACGAGGACGAGGACGAGGCCCCGCUGCCCAAGCAGCGCAAGGCCAAGACCAAGGCCGACCUGUCGACCAAGGGCCGGUACGGCAAGGAGGAAGUGGACUCGGACGAGGAGGAGGACGACGACUCGGACGCGUCCGGCUCGGGCUCGGAGAUCGACGACGAGGAGGGCUGGGGUCGCCAGUACUACUCGAAGCCAUCGACGCGCCGCGAGAAGGAGACGGGCGAGUACGACGAGAAGCGCGAGGAGGAGCGCGAGCUCGAGGAGAAGGAGGUGCGCCGGCUCCAACGGCGCGCGCGUGAGGCCAUGGGCGGCGACGACUGGGGCCUCGACGACAUUGAGGUCGAGCAUGCUUCUUCUGUGAAGGAGAACGACGAGGCACCAGCACCUGUUGCCGCGCCUGAGACCACCGACCGCGAUGUGCUCCUCCGCCACAUGCAGUCCCACGAGCCGCUCAAGCUCGCGCUCGCACGCGACUUCUCGCUCGUCCUCCGCAAGCUCAAGAAGACGGCGCGCGGCAUCAAGGCAAUGGAGGCCGAGGCUGAGGGCGAGGAGUCAUUGCAUAAGGGCCUCGGAUGGCUGCACUACCAGACGCUGUUGACGUACGCCACGACACUGGCGUUCUACAUUCACCUGUGCGCGCUCCCGCCAUCAGAACGGCCCGACCUGUCCAACCAUCCGAUCCUGCCGCGCCUCCUCCAGCUCAAGGAGGGCGUGAGCGCACUGCAGGACCUCGACUUUGCUGCCGGCUCCGUGUCGGAUGCCGGACCCGAGCUGUUUAUCCGUGACGGCUUGGGCGAGGACGACGAGGAUGAGGACGAGGAAGAGUUCCAGAACCUCCUGCAGGCGAAGCGCGAGCUCAUGGCACGCAUGAAUGCUGGCGGUGGCGAGGACGACGAGGAAGACGAGGAGAUUGACGAGGAGGAGGACGCCGAGAACCUGUGGCACCAGGCCGGACUGGAAGACGACGAGUUGGAUGGUCUGCUCGCCGACCAGGAGGAGGCAUUGGCUGCCCCAGUGGCUGCGCCACCGAAGAAGCAGAAGAAGAAGCGCGAGCGCGGACGGAAGAACAAGUCCAAGGCGAUCGAGAUCGACGAGGACGACGAGGACGAGGACGUCACGCCAACAGCGACAUUCACACCUCUUGCCGAGCCCGAGUUCGCACCGUCGACCAAGAAGUCGAAGAAGGCUGCCGACGCAUUCAUGGUCGAGGACACGCUGGGCGACGCGACCUCGCUCGCCGACGCCGAUGCUGCGGACAAGGAGCACAAGAAGCGUACGCUGCGGUUCCACACUUCCAAGAUCGCUGCCACGUCGGCGCGUCGCUCGGCCGCGCGCGACCGCCGCAUGGGUGGCGACGACGACAUCCCCUACCGCGACCGACAGGCGGCACGAGACGCUGCGCUGCGGAAGAACGCGCCCAAGGGCGAUGGCGGCGAGGCGCUCGACGGCUCCGACUGGACCGAGAGCGACCGCAAGCGCGCACGCGAGGUGCGCGAGGAGGCCGAGGAGGCGGCCGACGACGACGACGGCGACGACGGGUACUACGACCUCGUGAAGCGGCGCAAGGUGGCCAAGGACCAGGCCAAGGAAGAUGCGCACGAGGUGUUCCGGGACGCCAAGUUCACGGCGUUCGAGGGCUUCGACGAGGAGACGGACGGGCCCCGCGGCCUCACGCGCGCCAUCGAGAAGAACCGUGGUCUCACCCCACGCCGGUCCAAGACGGGCCGCAACCCCCGUGUCAAGAAGCGCCAGGCGUACGAGAAGGCCAAGCAGAAGGUCGGGUCCCAGCGCGCCGUGUACAAGGGCGGCCAGGGCGCCCUGUCUGGUGCGUACAGCGGCGAGAAGACGGGUAUCUCGACGACUAUCAAGUCGCGCAAGUUCUAG